GCAAUACCAAUACAUACAGAUACAGAUCUAUUCGAAAAUAAAGUCUUUGAACCUCAGUUCUCCUUCAAGAAAAAGAAAAAAAAUCUUGAGCUCGACAAAUCUGUAAUCUGCAAUGGCGGCGAAGCAAAUGGAGGAGAUACAGAAGAAGUUGGGGACGAAAUUGAAUUAUCCAAGGGCUAAUGCUCCAGCUCAGUCUCUUCUCUUCGCCGGCAUGGAGCGUUACGCUCUUCUCGAGUGGCUUUUCUUCAAGCUUUUAGGUGAUAAGUCUCCGUUCUCGCAGCAGAAUUUACAAGGCGAUGGAAUGGAUCGUGAUGAAGAAACCUCCCGUAUUCAGUAUUUGGCCGAGAUCGCAAAGUUUUUGGGUAUCACCUCUACAGUAGAUACAGAAGCAAUUCAAGGGCGAGGGAGCUACGAAGAUCGUACAGAAAUGCUUCGCCUUAUAGUGGAUCUUGUUGAGGCUAGCAUAUAUGCUGAUAAUCCUGACUGGAGUGUUGAUGAACAGGUAGCAAAGGACAUACAAUUAAUAGAUUCUAUUGCUGAAAAACAAGCUCAAAUAUUCUCAGAAGAGUGCAAGUUGUUUCCUGCAGAUGUGCAGAUCCAGUCAAUAUAUCCAUUGCCAGAUAUAUCUGAUCUGGAGAAACAAUUAUCAGAUCAGUCCAAUAGGCUUUCAAGCCUCCAAGAGAUGGUUGAUGACUUGGCAUCCAAGCACGAAUAUAAUCCUGAGGAGGAUUAUGUGGAGGUGGAAUUGAAAUUGCGGAAGCAUUUGGAAUCUUUUCUGGAAACUGCAAAAUCCUUCAACGUCAUUUACACCAAGGAAAUUCGUCCAUGGACACACAUGAUGGAGGUUCCACAAUUGCAUGGAUUUGGACCAGCUGCCAAUCGGCUCUUGGAGGCAUACAAGAUGCUUCUGAAGUUCCUAGGUAACUUGAGGAACCUUCGAGACUCCCAUGCAGCUGUAGCAGUCGGAGCAUCCGAGACAGUUGGCGGAGAGCCAACAUCUGUAACAAGGAUUAUCUCGGAGUGUGAAGCUGCUUUGACAUACUUGAAUCGUGAUCUCAGCAUACUCUCGGCCUCCAUUGCCCGGGAACAAGGAGAGGAAACCACAUAUUGAUCACAACUGUUGUUUAGUCCUCAGUAGCGCCAUCCAGGGAUAUUCAAAUUUUUUUAAUUGCAGACUUUUGGGUUGAUUGUAGAAUAAUUAACAGUAAACUGUUAUUUUUGGUUUGAUUGUAUGAUUAGCAUUUUUUAAAAUUGAAUGUGCUAUAUUAAAUUUUAUAUUA